AAACUCUCGCAUAUCAUACAUGGAGGUUGAAAGAAUUCAGUGCUUGGCCUCUGGGCUGUUGAAGGAGCUUCCUGCUCAGUUUAUCCGCCCGGCCGAUGAACGGCCAGAGAAUACCAAAGCCGUGGAGGGUGUGACGGCGCCCGUCAUCUCUUUGUCUCUCCCCCACGACAUCUUGGUCAAGCAAGUGGCUGAAGCUGCCUCUGACUGGGGGAUCUUCCUCGUCACCGAUCACGGAAUAUCGCCGACUCUGAUCAGCCAGUUACAAGAGGUGGGCCAGCAGUUCUUCGCUUUGCCUCAGAAAGAGAAAGAGGCAUACGCAAACGACCCCUCCACCGGAAGCUUUGAAGGCUACGGCACCAAGAUGACCAAGAAUCUCGAGCAGAAGGUGGAGUGGAUUGAUUACUACUUCCAUAGGAUGACUCCUCCUUCCAAGGUCAACUAUGAUAUGUGGCCCAAGAACCCUCCUUCCUACAGGGAAGUAACGGAAGAAUACACCAAACAACUGUUGAGCUUAACAGACAAGGUGCUGGAGCUUCUGUCGGAAGGGCUGGGGCUGGAGAAGAAGGCAUUGAGAAGCAGCCUGGGAGAUGAAAAUAUGGAAAUGGAAAUGAAAAUAAACAUGUAUCCGCCAUGCCCACAACCAGAGCUCGCUUUGGGAGUUGAGCCUCACACCGACAUGGCAGCCCUCACCCUACUUAUCCCCAACGAUGUUCCCGGCCUUCAAGUUUGGAGCCAAGAUCACUGGGUAGCCGUCGAUUACCUGCAGAACGCCUUCUUCGUCCACAUCGGCGAUCAACUUGAGGUGCUAAGUAAUGGCAAGUACAAGGGUGUUCUGCACAGAACCUUGGUGAACAAGGAAAGGAUGCGGAUGUCGUGGGCGGUAUUUGUGGCGCCACCGCAUGAGGCGGUGAUCGGGCCUCUUCAGCCCCUGGUGAACCAAGGGAACCCACCCAAAUUUUCAACAAAAACCUAUGCCGAGUACCGGCACCGCAAAUUCAAUAAGCUACCUCAAUGAGAAUCCCCAA